UGGUUUAGAGAGGUUAAGUUUGUCCUGGUUUUAAAAAGGGACUCUGUAAAACGUCUGGUUUUGAGGGAAGGCCAGAUUAUAGAGGGUUUGGUCUUGAGAGGUUUCACUGUGUUAACAAUAUCAUGUUCAACACUUAAAAAAAAACCCAUUGGGAAAUUCCAAGCUGUGUAAAACUGUACUUUGUAGUGUAGUAAUAUUUAUGUAUGAAAGUUUAUACCCAACUGGAAGACUUUGUGAGACAUUUCAGAGGAUAAAAUAUUUUAUUUACUGUGAAGUAACUUGUGAGGUUUUUUUGUGCUCAGGUGUUGCAAAAUAUUCCCAUACGCAGAUAGGGCCUCUUGUGAUGCCUGGCUAUUAAUCCCAGCUAUUUUGCAGUCUUACUGAUGACUGAUAUUCUGUUUAUGCUGGGGUGUUGCAAAACAUUUACUGUAAAAAAAAAUGAUUUCCUCACCCCCAACAAGGCCCCCUGUGAUGCCAACCUAUUGAUCCCAGUUAUUAUGCAGUCUUACUGAUGGAUGAGCCAGAUGCUGUAGGCCAGCAAGAGUAGUCUCCCCCUUGUUCAUUGAGCCGUUAACAGCUAGAUGGACAAGGGCAGUAAGCAGUUGAAGAGAAACACCGUACAUUGAGAUUGUGUCAGCAGCUCUGCACUGCUGUAGGUUCUAGGUGCUGGGCCCUGUGUGUGAGUGUCGUGUGUGUGUGUGUUGUGGGAUUCCGCUCGCUUGACACGAUGGCCAUGUGGAAGUGGUGGACAUGACGUUGUGGAUACCAGGCUGACUGCUGCUGUGGUAACACGUCCAUGACGGAGUACUGGUGUCUGUUCUACUUCUCCACAAACUGUUACAAGGCUUAUUGAUUUGCAGCCUGCUAAAACCUGGUUCUCGGCUCUCAGAACGAAGCGCGUGAGUGAGCAGCGUCGUCGAGAGCAGGAGAAGUUGUACAUUGAGGAGCUCUAUUUAAAACUGCUCGGGGGGGUGAUCUUCGACAGUUUGACGGACAUGAGCGUUUUCUCCAUCAAGCCCGACAAGUGUGCAUUACUGCAGGAGACCGUCAACCAGAUCCAGCAGGUCAACAAACAGGCUGAAAGUGCAUCAAGAGACGCGGUGCAGCAGAGUCAGGUUUCUUCCAGCAAGCCCUCCAUUCUUUCAUCAGACCUACUCGGACCCCUACUUCUCGAGGCUUUUGAUGGUUUUCUCUUUGUUGUAAACAGUCAAGGAAAAGUUGAAUUUGUUUCUGACAAUGUUUCCCAAUACUUGAAGUACAGCCAGGAUGACUUGUGUGGGAAAAGUAUCUACAACAUCAUCCAUGUUGGUGACCACGCCGAAUUCAGCAGCAGCCUCCUGCCUAUGUCACUGGGUAAUGCAGUAGCAUGGCCCAGUGAUACUCCCAACAACAAAAGUCGUUAUUUCAACUGUAGAAUGCUCAUAAAGCCACCAUGUGAAGACGAUGUAGAACUGAACCAGACUUAUGUUUCCCAGUAUGAAAACAUGCAGAUCACUGCUAUUCUCCAGCCCUGUCCAGGCGACAAGUUCCCAGAUGCGCACGCUGAAACAGAUAACCAGACGUGUUUAGUGUGCAUAGCUCGACGCCUGCCUGUCACUGAGAAAUCCAAUAUGAUGAUUGGCAUAGAACACUUCACAACUAAACAGGAUUUAAGUGGCAAAAUUAUAAGUAAUGAUAUAAGUGGUCUUGCCAACGAGCAUUAUAGAAAUAUUGAUUUUACUGGUCAAAAUAUUCUUGAAUUUUGCCAUGCAAAUGACAUGACACAGCUGAAGAAACACCUGCAGGAUGUUAUCAAACUUGGAGAACAUACGAGUGGUGUUUACCGCUUCAAGCUACAAGAGAAUCGCUAUGUGUUUGUACAGACCAAGAGCAAACUGUUUCACAGCCCGUUAACUAGUGACGCAGACACCAUAGUGUCCACGCACUCCAUCAUCAGAGAAUGUGAUUCUGAUGUGGAACUAAAAGGGUCUGCUUCUACAAGUCUGAUGAAGGCAAUUAUUGGACAGUCAAAUAAUGUGUCUAACCGAGCUAGCAGUGUGAGCAGCACCCCGGCAGCCCUGCACAUAGGAAUGUUAGGCAUGCCCUACAUGUCAUCCCAAACUAACAAUGUCACACUGGAUGCACUCAAUGACUUAGAUCUGCUCAACAACUGGGACAUCUUCAGUUCAGACAAUAUUCUAGGACCGGGGGAUCUCAACAUUUCGUGUGCCCCAACCCCGGGCACUGCCAGUUCCCCACCCGUUUGGGACAGUCUUAGCUCCCAGUUGAAAGGAACACAACCCAACAACAUUGCUGCCACUCAAAUUGGGUCUAUACAUAAACGCCAACCACCGAUGAACUUCCAGCAUCCCAAGAGUCCGCGGUUCACACCGAGCCCAGGUCAGAGAGGUCAAGGUUUUUCGCUACAGACUCAGCGGAGCAUGCCUGGUAUGAUGAGCUACCCGAACCAGCGGAGUUCUGGAGUAGCGGGCAUCGGCGGGCACCCCACCCGACAACAACCUGCUCAGUUCAACAUGCCAGCCUAUCAGCAGCGCAAAGCCAUGAUGUCAUCAGUUGGAUCGUCUAGCCAUCCCAGCUGGAGCCGACUGGCCACCCCCGGGUCUGAAGCUAGUCUUGGUGCUGCCCUGCAGAGCCCCCUCCAGGCUCUGCAGUCCAUGGACUCUCAGUCAAAGGGGCUGGACCUGCCAGGCAUGUCGCCACAUGACACAACAAGUGUGUCGCCGCGACUCAGCCUCGACAGCAGUGUGAGCAAUAGACUUGACAGUAUUACUGAUGUUCGAACGGGUCAGAGGUCCGGCAAACUCUGUGAGCUGCUCACACGUCGGACCUCCUUUGAACAGUUAGCGUCUGUGCCUGUCGGCCACAGUAACGGAAUGGACAUGUUUUCGAAGGACCUGCGUGGCACACUGGAUCGGACUCCGUCGCGGUCAUCGCUGGACAUCCUCCAGCAGUCCCCCCAGCCUGGGCCGGGUCACAGUCCCCCCGAGAAGCCCCAGAGUACGUCGAUGGAUGAUGUUGACUCGGCUCUGAAGGGUCUGGAUUCGGGCCCUGAGAAGAAGGACAACGCGAUUCUGAAGAAGCUGUUGAGUCUGGACGAUGACAGCGACGCAGCCGGUAACAUCAUGGACACCGAGAUCAGUAGCUCCCCCCACACUGGCAACCUCACGGAGACUGACAAACGACUCGAGAUGGACAAGAACGAAGCAGAGGCAAAGAAACCCGCCAAUAUCUUACUAAAACAGUUGCUGAGUGAUGAGAAGAAGCAGCCUGAGGCUCAAGGAUCUAUGGGUCAUCUCGACAGGGAGUUGGCUGAUGAGGAUGGAGGGGCCGUGGACGGGGAACAGAAGCGAUCAACCAGCGAGUUGCUACAAAAACUCCUAGAGGAGGAGGAGGAGGUGGAGAACUGUACUUCUGCCCCCGCAGAGAGUACUAUUCAGGAUCAGGAAGUAGGUAGUGGGUCAAGGUCACGACACCAGUCAGGUCAGCAGGAGCCGCAGUCGUCCACGUCUCACAGCCAGCCUCAGACACCUCUGUCGGUGCCCGUGUUCAGCCCUCCACCUGAUGGGGGGGUGUUUAAAGAUAAUUACAGUGAUUCCAGACGGAGCAGUGACUCGUCUACAUUCAUGCAAAACAAAAAUUUGGACAGUUUGCUCAACAAGCUGUGGGAAAAAGACAAUGACAAUACGUCUGCUAAAGAAAUGGAGAUGAGGCUCCGUGUUCAGAAGAAAAGAAAAUCCAGUUCGGAGGUGGAUAGCACCGAUUUGUUGGAUCCUGACACCAGCAGUGCACAGAGUCGUUUGUCGAAGCGAAAUGCAUUGUUAGCACAGCUGCUGUCGAAGAAAGCAGCCAAAGAGACCGUUGUGAACACUGUAUUGACUGUCAACCCAACAGCUGUGCCUCAAAACCGAUUCAGAAAUCUUUCCGACAAAAUAAUUCAAAUUCGGCCAGCAGAUGGCAGCAUUGUGACUGACGAUGAAAAGGACACAGAAAGUGGACUGACUCCGAACCCUCGUAGCAAUCCUCGGACAAAUCCCAAUGCUCCGUUUCCUGGCAACACCAAACCCACUGGCUCUGCUGCUGCUGCUGCUGCUGCUGCUACUUCAGGUAACAGUUCCAGUAUGAUAAAUCAAAACUAUUCUGCUGCCAGCAUGGAUCUGAACAGCAGCAACAGCAUCGACCAGUUCCAGGAGAUCCUCACCGAGGCCACGAAGACAAUCAGCAUGGAGAUCGACGGUCACGGUGGAGACAGCAACGAUCCCCUGCUACAGCAGAUCCUUCAGCAGGCCGCCGACCUGCACCAAGACUUCUCCCUGGGCAACCUUCCCCCAUCAUCCCCAUCCCCAUCCACAUCCCUGCCCACGCAGCCUACCACACACCUUGCCGACAUGUCCAGCAUCGACUCCCUGGUCGAUUCAUGGGAAGAGUUUGACAACAUCCUCGGCAUCAACUCACAGUCCAAUCGGCCACUGUCGACGACGUCGGUUAGUGAGCAGCUAGCCAUUGACAUCAUCCAACGUCAGUUGAUGAGCGAGGAACCGUCACCCAGUCCCGCCAACUCAUUGCCCAACUCUCAUAUUGCCAGUCAGGUGCAGCCCAGCUACUCGGUUGCUGUGCCGUCGUCAGCCAACAAGGCCAGUUUGCACUCAUUGCGUGCGAAUCUUGGACAAAUAAAGAUGGCGCAGCAAGGGAUCCCGUCGCAGGACAUUAGUCAAGUUGCCAUGGAUACCGGAUUUGCAGGCCAGCAGCUACCGCAGCAGGCGAUGCAGAACCUGAAUCGGGUUCAGCCAGGCAUGACAUCUCAACCUCAGACACCAGUUGGUCCUCGCUUCACUUCACCUCAAGGUAACAUGGGCCCGCUAGCCAGUGCGUUGCAGCGUCAGCCGGGGACGAUGUUCCGUAACCCGACCUCGACGGCCAUGCAGGUAAGGCAGACGCUGCUGCAGCAGCAGAAGCUGAAGAUGGAGAAGCAGCGCCACCUACAGCAGCAGCACAUGAUGCAGCAACGCAUGCUUCAGCAGCAGCGGCAGCAGUUCGGGCAACGCUUCCCACAGGCCAGUAUGAACAUCGACAGUAACUUCCCGGAGAAUCUUGGAGAGUUGAUGAAUUCUGGGAAUGCACCUAACGUUACUCUCCCCGUGCAGCGAGGUCAAGCAAUGCCUGGGCCAAUGUCACCACACUUCAAUGCUACCAGCUUGCAGCAGCAACAACAACAGCAGCAGCAGCCUCAGUUGAGUCCGAUGUUGUCGCAGCCCCCAGUGACGUCGCAGCUGUCGCCUCACUUCAGCCAGCCGACACAGUGGAGUCACCGCACUCAGACACAACAGAGCGCACCCAGCUCUCUUGGCAUGCCACCACAAGUGAAUCAGUUCGCCAGUCUGCAGCGUCACCGCUCGCUGUCUGGCAACUCGCUGCAGAGUCCGAGUCGUCAGCCAUCUCCUCAGUUCCAGUUCCCCGACUCGCAGUUCACGAGUAAAGCGACCGGUCAGAUGGGUCUGUUCGGCCAGCAGCCGAGCGGUCAGCCAACUAGUCAGCAGCAGCAGCAGCAGCAGCAGGCCCUGCCCCCACAGAUCUAUCAGAGCAGACUCAUGCAGCGACAGAUGAGCAUGCCACCUGGUCGUGGCUCCCCCAGAACUCCCCACAGUCCAUUUGGCAACAGUCCAGACCCUAUGCUCAUGUCUCCUCACUCUAUUUCACCUAACUCAAUUCGUCAAAACCAGCCCAACGUGAGCCAAGUGAGCCCGCCGUUCAAUCAAGGCUUUACGUCGCAGUCGCUGUCCAUCCCCCCGGGAGGACCCUCACUUGUCACGUCGACAGCCAACUUCAACAAUCAGGCCUUGCCCACCUCCAACAUGGCUGCCCAGCAGGGCUUCAGUACCUUUGACAUGCAGUACAUGGACUGCGGCAUGGAAGGGAAAAAACCUAGUGACUUAUCUCCAUCGAACCCAACAUCGCAGUAUGUGAAACAGGAACUGCGUAACAUCUGUAGUGCCCGCUCCGAGAAACAGUUGCAGUCACAACACCAACAGCUUCAACAACAACAACAACAACAGCAGCAGCAGCAGCAACAACAACAACAGCAGCAGCAGCAGCAAAAACAACACCAACAACAGCAGCAGCAACAACAACAGAUAGAGCAGAUGAAUUUUGACGUUGGUGGAGAACUUCCCCCUGACAUUCUUGAGACAAUCAGCGACAUGGCGAAGGAGCACCCAGGUCUGGAGGAUCUCAGUGACGGUGAUGUGUUGAGCAAGUCGCGCCAGGAAGCCAGGAAACGCUACGAACAGUUCCGUGCCUUGUCCUCCACACAGCCCCAGUAUUUAUCUGAUGAUGCUGAAGCUAAAGCUACGAGUUUGUUCCGCAAUCAGCUGCUCAGUCCCCCACAGGUUAAAGAUCAGAAGGCAUCAUCGAGCAGUGGAGACACCAUCACGCAUGUAAACGUGGUACACAAAGAACCUAGGACACACAUAGAUAUUCGACCAACGGAACAGAAAAACAGCUUGCUGCAGCAGCUUCUUUCCGAUUGAUGAACACUGGUGUGAGAAAGAGAUUUUAUUUUCUACAAGUGUUACCGUGGGAACAUGAACAGACAUGUUGAGAUUAUUUUUGUAACUUCCAGUAAUGAAACGGGACUGGACAGCAAGGGCUGGCCGUAAAAAUAAAUCUACUUGAUGAUCUCAGCACAAACGCAGUUAUUUUUAUGAUAACCUUGUUUAUCACUCAGGACAACGGACAUCACGUUUGUGUAAUACUGCUAUUUCAUGGACUCUGGUGGUACACCUCUCUCGGUAGUUGUCAGUGACGGUAUCUCAUAUCCAAGCUGGAUAUCUCAUAUUUAAGCUGGAUAUCUUGUAUUUAAGCUGGAUGUCUUGUAUUUAAGCUGGAUAUUUCGUAUCCAAGCUGGAUAUCUCGUAUCCAAGCUGUGUCAUAUUGGAGCUAGACCCUCCAGCUGUGUGAACUUGUCGGCUGUGCAGCUAUGCGUAGAGCAUGUUAUUUUACUUUCUUGUGCUUGUCUAGAAACUUUACUCGACAAUGUACAUAUAGGGCGUUUUUGUAUUGUUCUUUUUGUUUUCACUGCACUGAAGAACGGAGUCCAAUCCAGGCUGCCUUACAGUGUGGAAGGAUACAACAACCUGGAUUCGUAUGUGUGGAAGGAGGAGGUGAAAUGCAGUUUAUACCUGGCCACUUUCUUAGGUGAGACAUUAUGCGAGAUGGCCGUGGAUCUUUCAGUUGGAAAGUGUGGUGCACUUGUAUCAAGUCUUUGAAUGAAGUAGAUCUAUAGUUUUUCAUUUAAGUGCCAGAAUUUAUUUUUCUCCAUAAUGACAGAAUUACUGAACAUCCAAAAUGAGAAGCUGUCGACGUUUGAUUGUGUAAUAAAAUGGGUUUCAUCAUGGAGGAACUGAAUGGUGGAUGAUGUGAUCAUCUGGACAGAUGGAUUAUUUCGGUGUUGAUUGACGCUACCUCACAGUUGCUCUUUUCUAAUGUGUAUAUAGACCUACAUCCAGUGAGAGAUGUUUGGAACGAGUCAGGAGACCAGUUACCGGUUAUCACAGUUAAACGAUUCAAAGCAUGUUGAUGUUUCAGCCUGCAGCCAAGAACAUAUUUGUAUAUAUAUAUUUGAAGGAAGUUGAUGUUUGCUGUUUGGCACCCCCACCCCCCCCCCCCCCCACCCCCCUUGCAUCUCUUCUAGAGUUGUCUGCUCUUGAAAUGCUGAUUUGCUGGAGUUGUCUGCUCUUGAACAGCAGAUCUCUUUUGGAGGUUUUUUGCUAAAAUAGCAGAUCUUUACUAGAGUUAUCUGCUCUUGACUAGCAGAUGUUAAGCAGCAGUGUUUGGUUGUUGAGGUCACGUUCUCGGCGGUGUAUAUAUUAAUGUAUUGUACAAAUAAUAAGUACCUCUGCCUACAAUUGAUGCCUUUGUAUUAAUUGACCAAUCAUGUCCAUCCACGAAGCAGAGGCAACUAAUCAUAUCUAAGAGUUGAAACGUGUGUACAGUCCACAAACAGCAAAUGACCUGGAGACUGUUGUUGAAUAGUGUUGUUUUUGUUGGUUUCAAGUUACAUUGUUUUAAUUAAUCAUGACAACUGUUUCAUAAAUAUGUUUUUAAUGUUCUUACAUCAAAAGGAAUAAUGACAUUUUAACAAAAAUCAUACAUCUUGUAAUUUGAUUUUUAUGCAGAAUGUUUGUCUGCGUAAAUACAGUAACUAUUGAGAGAGUUUACGCUAAAUCACAGCAGUAAAAGAUAUUUUUCUAAACAUAAUAUUUGAUCAUACUUUUUUAAAAACUUCAUUUAGUAUAAAGUCGGGGAUCAGGGCUUCAGUAUCAUUGAAAGUAGCAGACUGUGAGAAAACAUACAUGUAGGAGGCUGUUUGAGAAUGUAGGAGGCUGUUUGAGAAAAAUAGACUGUUUGACAGUGUAGGAGGCUGUUUGAGAAACAUAGGAGGCUGUUUGAGAAACAUAGGAGGCUGUUUGAGAAUAGUAGGGGCUGGUAUCUACUGAGUUUCCUGAGGUACAUACUUGUAAACAUGACAAGUACAUGUGUAGGUGGCUACAAGUGGCAGGAACAGUGGCUGCUUGCCACCUACAUAUACUAAUGAACACUGUAGAUAAUAAAUUAGAUCAGUGGAAAUUAUUUACUUUUUAAAAAUUAACAUUCAAUAACUGGAUUUUGGGGUUUUUUUUUAUAUAUAUAAACAUUUCUUUUGUAAUUUGAUUUUAUUAGCGGACUGAAGAACUAAAUCCAAAUACAAAAUACUAAAAAAAAUACCAAGAAUUUUAUUAUACCAAUUUAAUUUGUUUAAUAAUAUCCACACUAUUAAAUAAAGGUUAGCUUAAAAUAGAAUGUGUUAUUGAAUUGGUUGACAAAACUUUUUGUAGUCACCAGAAACAAUGUACAAUGUAAAACUAAUAUAAGAAAUACUAAUUAUUUUAUUUUGUAACCUUUGCUACAUUCUACUAACGUUAAUGGCUAGUGAAAAAACGCACAAAAUGACAAAAGCCUCCAAAAUGUUUUUCUUGCCAAUAAAAGUAUUUUGUCCAGUGUUUAAUACAGAAUAUAUCUUGUGUUUCAAUUUGAAGCCUGUUUCUUGUUUUGUGCCAGUACUUUCUGAAGGAAAAGUAUAGUUAUAAAUAUAUGUGUCGUAUGUUGUUUCAUCAAUUUAUUAUUGUACCUGUCAUGAAGAAAUCUUUCAGUAAAAUUCCAGACUACAAGAAUCAACAUGUCACUAAGCAUUUCAUAUCUCUUUAUGUUAAGUUUCUGGUAAAUAUUCUAUGUUAUUCUACAAAAUGGCACUGCUAUUCUUUUAUUCUUUACAAAUGGAUUCUGUUUGUGGGGGUUUUCAAGUAUCUUGGUGAAAUCUUUAGUAAAUGAAAGUUUUCCAAAUCCAUGAACACACAUUCAGAUGCUGAUUAUGUUUUCUAAGGGGAAUACUAAGGGGAAUAUAGUUAAAAUCUGGAAAAUGAUAUAGUGUCAUAAGAACUGGCAGAACAGUAUGAGGGGUGUGUGGCUCACACAGGGUGAACAAAGUCCAUGGCCCAUAUUUUCAAAGCUGACUUAGUGCUACGAUAUUGUACAAGCAUUGUAGGCUAUGAUAUCACUAUGACAUGUGAUAGUGAUGUCAUCGCCUAAGAUGGUUUUAUGAUAUCGUAGUGCUAAGAUCGCUUCAAAAAUCUGUACCCAGGUUACUUAUUUGCACCAUUCAGUUUUUGAACAUUUAUCUGAUCGACAAUUAAAUGGGCAGGGUGGUGACUAAUAAUUUGUAAAUAAACAUCUAUUGUAAUUUCUUUGUUUAACUCCACCUCCCCGCCACACACACAUACACACCACCACGAGCACCACGCACACACGCAUGCACACACCGAUACUGAAUUGUACCCGUGUCGUCUCAGUCUGAACAUAAAUGCAGGGCUAGCUCUGGCACUUGCCAAAUUCACCAAUUGCGAAUUUCAAAAACAAUUGGCGAGUUUUAUUUUAAUUUGGUGAAAUAAUUUUAUGAAAUAAUUGAUAUUUUGUUUAAAAAUAACUGCGUUUCUGUAAUCUUUUUAAGUUUGAUAGAUAAUUUGGCGAAAUUGUUCUGCUGCCCAGAGCUAGGCCUGUUAAUGUACAGUACACCUACCAGUAUAAAACAAAAACAGAUUUAUUUAGGAAAUAUUUUCUUAAUGUUUUAGUACUUUUUAUUCUUUAAAAAAAAAAAUGUUUGAAAUUGAAUUUUGUUUUCUAAAAUGACUAAUCCAACAAUUUGAAAUGUGUCACUUGUUAGUUGGAGACGUUGCCUUGCGGAGAGGUGUGAAUGUUGACAUGUUUUAAACUGUUACUACUCAGGGUUUUAUACACACAUAUUUGGAGCUUUCAAGCAGCAAGUGCUUUACAACAUUAACUCGUUUGGCCUUGAGUAUCUGCCGAUGCCAAAACUGAACUUUGUACAUACAUAUACAUGAAAAUAUAUAUAUACAUACAUAUAUAUAUAUAUAUGUGGAUAUUGUCUUGCUGUAGUUUUAUGUGUUUCACACCGUAAGCAAUCUGACAAUGGACUCUAUUGAUUAUUGUUUUAGUUAAUGAGAGGUGAGCAGGUUGUGAUGUUAGUGAUAACCGAGAGAUCGGGGAAUUUAGGAAGAACGAUGUGCCAAUAAUCUUAAAGUAGAGGACGUUCGCAAAUCUGCAUCUAGCUGGUGAUAAUAACAUACAGUUGAAUCCCAUUGGCUCGAACCCCAUCGGUACUCGAGAAAGUGUUCGACUCAUCGAAUAGUUCAACCUAACCAUUCAGUAAACAUUGUGUAAGUGUAACUUGGGACUUUGUUUUUGGUUCGAGCGUUGCGGUGUAUUCGACCCAAUGAGAUUCUGCUGCACAUGAUUGAGUAAUGUCCUUCAAAUGUGACAGUUCUACAAACUUGCACGCUGGACGGCUAUACUUUGAAAUGCUAUAUUUUGAGAAAUAUGCAACAUAUUUUCUCAAACUCAGUCUGAUAGUGGCCAAUACUGUUUUGUUGUGAGUGUUGUGUAAAUAGGAAAUAAUUUGUCUGUCUGUUAAAUGAGUAAUGAUCUGUUGUACUGUAGCAUAAGUAACAUUCACGUUAAACUCUUAUUUACUGUAACAUCAGUAACAUUCAUGGUUAAGUCUUAUUUACUGUCACACAUUCACGGUAAACUCUUAUUUACUGUAACAUCAGUAACAUUCACGGUAAACUCUUAUUUACUGUAACAUCAGUAACAUUCACGGUAAACUCGUAUUUACUGUAACAUCAGUAACAUUCACCGUAAACUCUUAUUUACCGUAACAUCAGUAACAUUCACCGUAAACUCUUAUUUACCGUAACAUCAGUAACAUUCACCGUAAACUCUUAUUUACUGUAACAUCUGUAACAUUCACGGUAAACUCUUGUGUGAAUAUUUAUAACAAAAGCAAAUCUGGAAAUGUUUUUUUUGGACAAAAGUUUAGUUAAUAUGCUGACAGUUAAAAUUAACUUCUUACUGGUAAAAUAUCUAUAUUAGUACAAUGUAUAACAUUUCAAUUUUUUUUUUUUUUUUUUAAAUGAUGUUUUUUUCCUACUUCAUGGUAUGUGGUGCCAGUUAAUUCCAAUAGACUAACAUUCGACUGUUACUGUUCAUCAGUCUGCAAGCUCAGUUUAUUAAUUUCUUUACAACACAUACUCAAACGUGUUAAUUCUGGACAAAAUGUUUCUACAUGCAAACUGAUUCUGUUAGUUCACUGUUGGAAGCAUAUACAUACAUGUGUAGGAUAUGAUGUCAAAUUGUGCACUGUUCAAGUCUAUAUUGAACAUCUCUAGCAAUAUAUUGCAGAAUAUACUGCAAUACAUUUUCACAAAGAUCCAUUGAGAUUCAUUAUUGAUGUACGUUGAAUUGACUUGUAUAAACGCAGGAAUCAUUGUGAAAUAUGCACACGCAUAAAGUGCCUCCUGAAAACGUAAGUGUAUACAACGUUAGCCGGUUAGAAUGUCCUGCUUGUAUGGUGUUGUAGAAGUCACAUUGGUAGCAGAUGCCACAGUGUCUUAGUUACUGUGACCAGUGGAAUAUCACACAGCAAAACAUGUUUCAAAAACAAUGAACAUUUUGCUGCAGUAUUUUCAGCUAUUUGGGUGUCGUUGAUUGAUGCAGUUCUUUUCAGUUUGCAUUGAGAUUUUGAAGAAGUUUAAAAACAAUUUAAAAUGUAUUGAAAGCUAAAGUUCAGUUGCUGCAUCCCGUUUUCUUUAUUUAUUGACUUGAAAUAGAAUAAUAUCAGUUUUAUUGUUGAAACUGUUUCCCUAAAGUAAAGCAAUACGGUUGUAGUUUGAACUGUGGAAAUUUUCAAGGCAAAAGCUAAAUGGUGUAGUUUUUUUGUUUUUUUGUUUUUUGUUUAAUCACUUUUGGAGCAUGCUAGUGAGAGAUUGCUGUUUGAUGAUUUUCUGUUUUAAAGUAGGUUGAAGGAUUACAGUAAUGUGAAACAUUGCCAUUUUUAUUUAAGUAAUCGGGGAGAAAUAUUGCACUCAAGUUGGUUUAGUGUAUUUGAUCUUAUUAAUGCACUGACUAUGCUAAUUUAUAAUUAAAACCUAUAUACAGUAAAACUCCACUAUUGCGACCAUCGGCGGGCUUAUUAAAAUUGGUCUGAAUAGUGGGUGGUCGUAAUACCGAAUUACCAACUUUUAAAAUUUAUAAAUAUUGAUUGUGAAUUUUACAUCCCAUCCUCCUUUCCAUUUGUCGUGAACAAUGUGUCUAAAACUGAGAAAAGUAAUAGGUAACGAAACAGUAGUAGGUACUGUGUCACACAGCUUCUAUUCUGCAUUCGGUUCCCUUUUAAAUCUGCUUUUUUUGUUUUUCACGUUCAUGUCCCUCAACAGAUAGCUCUGCAGUCUGUGGAGAAGAGUCAGUUUGAAGUGAGCUUGAUGUCAUGCCAUAGCACUGGCCUCAAGGUCAGCCAGCAAACUUUUUGCUAACGUUUGCGAACUAUUUGAUUGGUUCCCAAUGUUACCAUUUGGUUUACCGUAAAGCACAUAAACCAGUCUGGUGGAUGUUUUUCUGCUUGGACGGGCUGAACUCUGCUCAUGUCUUUUUGGGUUGAUACCAGCAGAAACCUGUCAGUCUUAUACUUUUGCAGAUUGUUAUAUUAAUUGGUCUCUUCGCGUCAGUUGAUUUUACCAUUCUUCUUGUUUAUUCUCACAACUAGUACCAAUAAUUCAGCUUGUUCAUCUGUCUCUUUCUCCAGAUCCCGCGAUCAAUUCACUUCAGUGCACUAAUCUGAUCAAAUAUGGUGGUGGUGGGUUUUUUGUGAAUUUAUUGAUGGAUAACAGUCACAAAUUGUAUAAAAUCAUGUAGUAAAGGAAUUUUAUACUACAUUUGUGAUUGUUAUUAAUUGAUAAAUUUACCAAAAAAAAUAAAAAAAAUUAAUUAUAAACAACACAGCUUAUUUUGUAAUUAUAAACAACACAGCUUAUUUUGUUCAAAAUACACAUAAAUCGGUUUCUAGCGUCCUUUCCAUGACCUGUUUUACGCAAUUAUGUAGCAUUUGACAUAAUGACAUAGUUUUCUGAAAUCAAUGUGCUCUAGUGGCGUCGUUAAAUAAAACAAACUUUAUUUUACUUUUAGUUUUCUGAAGUUUAUUAAAGAAUAACAUUAGUUUUUUUAGUGACGUGUAAUCAUAAUACAAUAACAGCAAGAAAAAAGAAAGAAAGAAAUGUUUUAUUUAACGACGCACUCAACACAUUUUAUUUGCGGUUAUAUGGCGUCAGACAUAUGGUUAAGGACCACACAGAUUUUGAGAGGAAACCCGCUGUCGCCACUACAUGGGCUACUCUUUCUGUUUCGACAGUAAAUUCAGUGAGACGUAAUGUAUAGCUUACUAUCAGGACACGUCACAGCUGUACUAAUCAAAUAGCGGAUGAAUGGUCAGUGUUGUUAAUCUUUUAACACUGAUUUCACUGAAAUUUCACAAACAACAGCUUUCUACUGUGCAUAGUUGUAAUUGUGCAUUCCUGACUUUGUUUUAGACAUAGAAGUAUAUUAAGAAUUUCUUUAUAUGAUGAUAAUUUUUUUUUUUAAUGUAGUGUAUAAUGAAAUGAAUAUUUUAAUUAGUUGCCAUGGGACAUCACUGUAGAUAAGUAUUAGUUUUUAGAACCCUAUAUUUCCAUGGCAACAGUACUGUUUAGAAAUUGAAAAGUGCUAUGCCCAGUGUAGUAGAAUGAUUUUAUUUGUUACAGCAUUUUUUAAUUUUUUUUUGUUCCAGAAAUUUACAUUAGUAAUUUCUGUAAAGUGGCAGUUUGUUAUUGGAUAAUUAUCCUCAUGUUAAACCUGUUGCCAUGGUUACUGUGUAUUGUUUUGUUGACUCUUUGUUUUGUGUAUGUUUCUGGGAUAUAAACAGUCGGAUAGAUUUCUAUGUAUCUAUGUAUUAACACAUGAAAGGGUUUUUUGUGGACAUGAAACCAGGCAGAGACAAUAAAUAUAUGUAAUAUU